UUAGCUUGUGAUCAAUUUUGCGUCGCGGGUGAACGAACCCGGCUUGCCUGUAGUCCCACAUGCGUAAAUUUGUUGCAAUGCCGACUUCAUGGUGUAUUUAGUUCGUCAACAAGAAAGCAGCGUAACCGCAACUUGAAAAUAAAUUUGUACCAUUAUCCCCCUAAAAGAGAAGAAUAAUGUCGGAUUCAUCCGAGGAGAUCGUGCUGACUACUAAAGACAGAUUUGAAGAAUUAUGCAUGAGUUUGAAUUUGGAUGAUGCCACGAAGAAAACAGCUUGGGAAUCGUACGAGAGGAUAUGCUUAAAUUACACGCUAGAGGGAGAUGACAUUCAGUGGCUUGCCUGUGCCCUGUACGUGGCAUGUAGACGGAGCGUUGUGCCAACCGUUAGCAAUGGCAUAGUAGAAGGCAACGGUGUGUCUCUGACUCAGCUGCUCCGAUCUGCCAAACUAAGUGUCAUCCAGUUCUUCAACAAGAUGAAGAAGUGGUCGGACAUGGCCAACCUGCCGCAGCAGUUCAGGGACAAGGUAGACCGUCUGGAGAGGAACUUUGCCGUCUCGACGGUCAUCUUCAAGAAAUACCAACCCAUCUUUUAUCAUCUCUUCAAGGAGGGGGACAACACACCCAGGCCCCCUAGGAGUAGAAAACACAGGAGACUGCCGUGCACAAGCCAAGACGUAUUUUCCUUCUGUUGGACCAUCUUUGUAUUGGUGAAAGGUAACUUUCCAGCCAUCAGCGACGACCUGGUGAAUUCAUACCAUCUCCUCCUCUGUAGCCUGGAUCUCAUGUUCGCCAAUGCGGUGCUGGCAAACAGGCGUGACCUCUUGAACCCUGAAUUCCAAGGCCUCCCAGAGGGCUACACAAGCCGUGACUACAGGGUCCCAUCGGAGGCCCCCUGCAUCAUAGACAAGCUGUGUGAGGUCCACGACGGGCUGGUCCUGGAGGCAAAGUCUAUAAAUGAGCACUAUUGGAAGCCUCAUAUACAGAAACUCAUAGACGACGAGGAUUUGGAAGGGAACCUUGAGAAGCUAUCCAACAUACUGGAUACCAAUAACUUUGAAUCAAACAACAAAAGCAUCUGCAAAAAUUACGAGGAGUAUGUUCUAACGAUCGGUGACUUUGACGAGAGGAUUUUCCUUGAUAAGGAUGCUGACGAGGAGAUCGGUACACCAUCAAAGUCUGCUGCCCUCAGGGAGACGGAGGAGGCCAUGAGGAAACCUACAGGCCAAAAGACCAAGGACCUCUGUCCACCCACGCCACUGACCAACAGGCGCUACCUCAAGGAGAAGGACCCCGAGAUCACCCCAGUGUCCACUGCCACCCAAGCGGUCAGCAAGCUCCAGGCCCUGCUGACCGGACGUAAGGUGGAGGCCAGCGAGCUUCUGGAGGGUAUCUUCAAGGACUGUUCAGAGAAUCCUGCAGAAGGAAUCGCCAGUAGAGUCAAGGAGAUGGGAGAGAUCUUCUGCCAAAAGUACACACAGGCACUGGAUGAAGGAAACGCCGGAUCACCACAAGACUUUGCCAAGCGAAGAUUAAAACUGGCCGAGAAUCUCUAUUACAAAGUCCUUGAGAACAUCAUGUUAGCAGAGAAGAGGAGAUUAAAGAAUCUCACACAUCUGUUGGAGCAUGAGCUUUUCCACCGAUCUCUCUUUGCCUGCUGUUUGGAAGUUGUCAUAUUCGCCUACAACUCUCAGAGGACGUUUCCAUGGAUACUGGAAGCCUUUGAGAUCCCUGCAUUCCAUUUCUACAAGGUCAUUGAACUCAUCCUCAGGGCUGAAGAAGGGCUCUCGAGGGACAUCGUCAAGCAUCUCAACUUUAUCGAGGAGGCUAUCCUGCAGGACUACGCUUGGCGCAGUGAUUCGCCCCUCUGGGACCUCCUGCAAGAGAGCAACCAGGGCGUGCCCACCUGCGAGGAUGCUACGAUACCGGGUCAGACGGAUGGAGGAGUAGCGGGAGGGGCAGGGGGAGGAGGAGGUGGUGGGAAGGGGGCAACCACAAGUCAGGCUACCUCGUCGUCUGGGACAACAAACUCCAGUCAGGGGCAAUCCCUCCUCUCCCCCAUCGUCCAUAAGAGGGUCGUCCAGCUAGGCGGAAGAACGGAAGCGAUCCUCCAGUCGCCCACCUCUGCUCACGAUAGAUUCAGCUCUCCGUCUCCAGGCAGCGCCCGACGUCGUCUCUUCACUGCCGAUGCUCCAACGACAUCGUCAUCUACGAGCACAUCCUCCAGCCCAACUGAAACGACCAUUAAAAUCACAUCCUCAUCAUCAUCAUCAGUGACCAGAGCAAUGACGUUCACAGAUGUGCAACCCACAACAGGUACCACGUCAAGCCCUACCACCUCGGCAUCAUCCACCAGCAACUCCACCGUUGUUGUCUCUCCAAGGAAACAACAAUUUGUUGUUGUCCAUGGCAUUCAAGGAAAGGACAGUACGGGUAAUGCUCGACUCAUCGUCAGUCCUGUGAAGGUCAUCUACACGUCUUCUCCCGCCAAGGCCAAGACUGCAGAAGGAGAGGCAGGGUCAAGCGGGACUACUGCCGUCCCAGUUCCCAGGCCCAAGAGAACCGGCUCCAUUGGUAUCUUCUUCAGGAAGGUGUAUCAUUUGAUGAACGUGAGACUGCUUGACCUCUGCCAUCGUCUCAAGCUUUCUGAUGACCUCAGACGUAAGAUCUGGACGUGUCUGGAGCACGCCGUCGUUCAUAAGACGGAGAUGAUGAGAGACAGGCAUCUCGACCAGAUCAUCAUGUGUACCAUGUACAUCAUCUGCAGGGUGACACAGAACCCCUGCUCGUUCCAGGAGAUCAUGCGCAGUUACCGCUUCCAGCCCCAGGCAUCCAGCCACGUCUACCGCAGCGUUCUCAUUCAAUCAAACCGUAAGAAAGAUGCCAAUGGGAACGGCUCUGUGAACAGCAGCAGAGGCUCGCCGGAACCCAAGACAAUGGAGACUCCAAUCCUAAUGCGAUCAGCUAGCACCUUGCCUGUCCCUCAGCCCAGCAGUGCCCCGCCCACUCCUACCAGGAUGGCUGGGACGGCCUCGACGUUUGACGAUGAACAUAGAGGGGACCUCAUCAAGUUCUACAACUCGGUAUUCCUUCAGAGCAUACAGGCUUUUGCUCUUAGGUUUGAAAAUUCACCCAACGGGGUAACGGAAAGGCUAGAAGCCCCGCCCCUCUCGCCCCUCCCUGUACCACGCCCUCACAUGCUGUCGCCAAGGAAAGUCUCCAACAGGCAUCAGUUGUACGUCUCGCCACACAAACACAUGCAGAGCCCGAAGAGUGGGAUGACCUAUGUCAUACAGAAGAGCCCCGCCAAGGUCCUGCACAACAUGAACAACAUGGUUAAAGCAAGAGAAUGCACUAAACGCCAGCUCCUCAGCGAAUCCCUCGAGUCCUCCAAGCGACUCUGUGUCGAUAACCGGAACGACUUCCUCCAGACACGCCUAGCGACGGUCAAGUCAGAGAGGGAAUCUGCUAGCUCAUGUAGGUAUUAAAAUCAAGGAAGAAAAAUGUCGGCAUUCUGCACUUUAUGAUCAAAAUCAUAGGGUUUGCAUAUGUUCGAGUACUGUGCACAUGUAUACUCUUCCAGGUUUUAAAUCAUAA